GUUAUAAGUUGGAAUUUUAAAUAUUUUUUCUAUUUAUCCUAUUUAAAUUAAAAUGUUAAAGUCCGUGAUAAUAUUGAUGAUGUUUGUAGUUUGUUGUUAUUGUUUAGAAGGCAGUGAUUUGUCUGUUUUGGAGUCGAGAGCCAAAAAGAAAAGGAAUUCGCUCAAACUCCUGGGACUGAUCCUGCUGUUUGUCUUCUCAAAAAUGGCAAUUUUCAAAGCGGUUUCCGUAUUCCUCAUGAUGACGUUCUUCCAAAAGCUAUUUUCGUUCGGCGGUCUAGUGUUCAAGUACUUCAUGAAGAUGAAAGCUGAGAAGCAGAAGCCUGCGCACGUAUACGGCGCCCCUCCGAACCAGAACUAUGACACUGUGGGGUACAGCUACGGUCCCCCGGAUCACGAGCCGCUGCAUCAAGAAGGGUACCCUGGGAAAGAAGUUGCACACUUGGGUUGGCUUUUGAAUAAACAUACUCAAUAA